AGAAAGGGACCCAUCGAAUUUCUGCCCGAAACCGAAACCGCUCCGAAAUCGAGGAAACGAAAGUCAAGGGCGGGCCGAGGUGGCGGUCGUUCUCUUCUCUCUAUCCCUGCCACUUUCGGGAGACGGAGAUGUUCUCUUCUAGCGUCGCUCCCCCUAUGGACCUCUACGGGACCCCCACCAGAAACCUGCACGACUUCGUCGUCGUCCACCUGCAGCCCAACCAGGAGUUCUUGACCCAAGCGCGCCAGGCCAUCAACCUCAUCUGCACCUUCCUGAAGGAGAACUGCUUCAAAGAUGCCGCUUCGCCCCGGCCCCGGGUCCUCAAGGUGGUCAAGGGAGGCUCAUUUGGAAAAGGCACGGCUCUAAGAGGGCGCUCAGAUGCCGAUCUUGUGGUGUUUCUUAGCAACUUCAAGCAGUACAAGGACCAGUUGUUAAACCGGAAGGAGAUGAUCCAGGAGAUUGAGAGGAGACUCAGAGAAUUCAAAAACGAAGAAAAUAAUAUAGAUGUACAAUUUGAAGUAUCUAAGCGGCAAAAUCCACGAGUGCUCAGCUUCACACUCUCUUCUGGCUUCCUCAGGGAUUCAAUUGAGUUUGAUGUGUUGCCAGCUUUUGAUGCUCUCGGCCACUAUAUAAAAGGCACCAUGCCUGAUCCUCAGGUGUACAUUGACUUGAUCAAAAGCCAUCGACCGGGUGAGUUCUCCACUUGCUUCACAGAGCUGCAGAGGGAUUUCAUCAAGGACCAACCAACUAAAGUGAAGAGUCUCAUCCGCCUGCUGAAACACUGGUACAAAAAGUAUGUCUAUCUGGAGAAAGCACAGCUCCGAACAGGGGAGUCACUGCCCCCCAAGUAUGCGCUGGAACUGCUGGCUGUCUAUGCCUGGGAGAAAGGAAGUGGACAGACAGAUUUCGAUAUGGCAGAAGGAUUUCAGACAGUGUUGCUGCUCCUUCAGCAGUACAAGCAGAUUUGUGUAUUUUGGACCAAAUUCUAUGAUUUUAAGAAUGAGACUCUGGCGUUGUACUUACGUAACCAGCUCAAGAAACCCAGACCAGUCAUCCUGGACCCAGCCGAUCCAACUGGGAUUGUGGGCGAGGGAAGCCGUUGGGAUCUGCUUGCAGAAGCAGCUAAAAAGUGCCCUCAUCAGCAAGGCUGCCUCUCUCAUUGGAAUGUGCCGAUGGCCAAGGUGGAAGAGCAGUCCUAUUGCACCAUACUGCUGCCCUUGAAAACAGCUCAGAAACUUCAGUUAAUACAAAAUGUGUCUGCCCAGUUGCUGAAGGAAACUGAGUUCCAGGACCGGGGCCAGUUGGGUGCGCAGUCCGGGGCAAAGGCGCAGAACCCACCUGGAUCCAUAGGGGCUUCUUCGGCUCGGGUCUCCUCUAGCGCAGCUGCCCCCAUGGACCUCUACGAGACCCCCGCCAGAAACCUGCAGGACUUCGUCAUCGGCCACCUGCAGCCCAAGCAGGAGUUCUUGGCCCAAGCGGGCAAAGCCAUCGACCUCAUCUGCACCUUCCUGCGGGAGAACUGCUUCAAAGAUGCCGCUCCGCCCCGGCCCCGGAUCCUCAAGGUGGUCAAGGGAGGCUCAUUAGGAAAAGGCACAGCUCUAAAAGGGUGCUCAGAUGCCAACCUUGUGGUGUUUCUUACCAACUUCAAGCAAUACAAGGACCAGGAGGUAAACCGGAAGGAGAUGAUUGAGGAGAUUGAGAGGAGAUUCAGAGAAUUCCAAAACAAAGAAAAUAAUAUAGAUCUACAAUUUGAGCUGUCUGAGCGGCCAAACCCACAUGGGCUCAGCUUCACACUCUCUUCUUGCUUCCUUGGGGAUUCGAUUGAGUUUGAUGUGUUGCCAGCUUUUGAUGCUCUCGGCCAGUACAAAAAAGGCACCAUGCCUGAUCCUCAGGUGUACAUUGACUUGAUCAAAAGCAGCAGCAGCCAUCCAACGGGUGAGUUCUCCACUUGCUACACAGAGCUGCAGAGAGAUUUUAUUGCUGGUCAGCCAACUAAACUGAAGAGUCUCAUCCGCCUGCUGAAACACUGGUACAAAGAGUACGUCCAUCCGUACAAAGCACAACUCCGAAAAGGGGAGUCACUGCCCCCCAAGUAUGCGCUGGAACUGCUGGCUGUCUAUGCCUGGGAGCAAGGAAGUGGAGAGACGGAUUUCGAUAUGGCAGAAGGAUUUCGGACAGUGUUGUUGCUCCUUCAGCAGUACAGGCAGAUUUGUAUAUGUUGGACCAAAUUCUAUGAUUUUAAGAAUGAGACUCUGGCGUUGUACUUACGCAACCAGCUCAGGAAGCCCAGACCAGUCAUCCUGGACCCAGCCGAUCCAACUGGGAUUGUGGGCGAGGGAAGCCGUUGGGAUCUGCUUGCAGAAGAAGCUAAAAAUUGCUCUGCUCAGAAGUGCUGCCUCCCUCAUUGGAAUGUGCCGAUGACCAAGGAGGAAGAGCAGUCCUAUUGCACCAUACUGUGAGGGUUCAAUACGCACAUUGCUUUCUGGUGAACUAAGAAAUGGUGAAACUAGUUGAAGGAAAAGAUGACCAGUUGGAACUACACUGUUGAAGGAAACUAGUUGAAGGAAAAGAAGAGAACAUGACCUUGAUCUCCAAGCACCUGGACAUUUCUUGAAGCUCGGGGGUGGGGGAGCAGUUGUUUUCAACGAGAAGUGCACCGUGAGGCUUUUGCUGUGGGAAAGAUUUCUUGAUCAAUUAUCUCCAGCCAGCUUACCCAUGUACCUGUCAUAGUGGUUCUCAAGCUUCCUAAUGCCACGACCUUUUAAUACAGUUCCUCAUGUUGGGGUGACCCCCAACCCUAACAUUUAUCCAUUUUGCAGAUGGAGAACACUGAUGCAGAGAGUCUUAGGCGACCCCUGUGAAAGGGUCGUUCGACCCCCAAAGGGGUCGUGGCCCACAGGUUCAGAACUGCUGACCUAUCACAUGUACAAACAGUACACAUCUGCCUGCCACAUCCACACACAAUAUAACCAUUGAUACUUCUGCUUCUUUCCAGUGUGCUUUUUCUCUUCUUUCCAGUACCACACAGACCCAUUUGUCAGUUGCCAGCAUGUGCGGACGGUUAUAUGUACUUCUAAAUUGUAGGAAUGUUCAUGAACAUUCCCUGCCCAAUAAAAUCAGAGCACUUGAAGUCCAAAGUGAUGGAGUUUUUCAAGAACUCUUCGUUUCAUUUACUUCAGGUUCCUUUUGUUGCUUUUGUUUA